CCUUAGUUCUCCUUUCUCUCGUUCUCUGUUCGUUCCGAUAAAUCACGAUUUCCACCACUGAACGUUUCGCUGCUUUUUCGUUUUCGCCGCUCAGAGUAAUAUGGCUAUGAAAGGUGCGAGGAGGACUGAAGGAACCGUUGGGACAACAUGUGCUUAUUGGCUAGCAGGGCGAUGCAACAGAAAUCCUUGCCGGUUUUUGCACAGAGAAACACCAUUACCGUCUGCUCCUUAUUAUAAUGCAUAUCGAUAUCAAAGGAAGCCCCGAUCAAAUGUCAUUGAGGCUUCUCAGAAGCCGUUGGAAAGUGUGGCUUCUCAGAAGCCGUCACAAAGCGUCUGCAGAUACUGGAUGGAGGACAACUGCUUACGCGGUGACCACUGCCAGAAUUUACAUUCAUGGUUUUAUGGUGAUAGGCUUUCCAUAGUAGCAAAGCUUCAAGAUCAUAAGAAGGUUGUCACUGGGAUUGCACUUCCAGUUGGAUCAGACAAACUUUUUUCUGGCAGCACUGAUGGGACAGUUCGGAUGUGGGACUGUCAUUCUGGUCAAUGUGUUAAUGUGAUAAAUGUUGGUGCCGAAGUUACCUCUUUGAUCAGUGAGGGCCCAUGGGUUUUUGUUGGUGUGCGGGAUGUUGUGAAGGCUUGGAAUAUUCAGACUACUUCAGAGUUUACUCUUGAUGGACCUAAGGGGCAAGUCCUUGCCUUGAUUGUUGGCCAUGAUAAACUUUUCGCUGGAGCAGAGGAUGGUGUGAUUUCUGCAUGGAGAGGCAGCUCUGAAGCUAUUUCCCCUUUUGAACGGAUUGAAUCACUAAGUGGCCACACUAAAGCUGUGGUUUGUCUGACUGUUAAUAGAAAUAUGCUGUACUCAGGGUCCAGGGACCAUAGCAUAAUGGUUUGGGACCUUGAUACCUUAGUGUGUAAAAUGACACUCAAUGGGCAUACUGACGUAGUCAGAUCCCUUAUUUGUUGGGACAAUUAUUUGCUAUCAAGUUCAUAUGACUGCACAAUUAAGGUCUGGGGUGCCAGUGAAGAGGGAACUUUGAAAGUGACAUAUACGCACACAGAGAAAAAUGAUGUUCUUGCACUCUGUGGAAUGACUGAUGCAGAAGACAAGCAUAUACUGCUUUGCUCUUGCAGAGACAGUUCAGUUCGCCUCUAUGAAUUGCCAUCAUUUUCAGAGAUGGGUCGAUUAUUUACCAAAAAAGAGGUUCGAUCCUUAGAGAUAGGUCCAGGUGGGCUUUUCUUCACCGGAGACUGCACUGGUUUGUUAAUGGUGUGGAAAUGGCUGGAAGAGCCCAAGGUGUCAUCGUCUUGAUAAGUGUCUCAGAGCAGCGAGCAAUAUUGCUUGUUCAAGAUGUACAUAUGACUUGACAAAUUCCAAUUUUCCACUUCUUGUGCUAUUAGUUCAUUUUUUCUAGCAGAUGUAAUCGUCUCCUGUUUUGAUAAAUAUACUAGAAAGAAUCUUUUUAUCAAU